GGUGCCUGAAAACUGGCAUCAGUCGCUGCUUUGGAACCACAAAGCUGGGGACGCCCGAUCCUCGCUGCAGUUGCUUUCAGCCACUUGGCCUGGUCAGGAUCCCACCUGGAACCCAUGAACUUCACUGACAGAGCCUCACAAUGACAGAGGAAGCAUGCAGGACACGGAGUCAGAAACGAGCGUUAGAACGUGAGAUAACGCACAACGAUGUGGACAGUAAAAAAAUAAAAAUGGAGAAAGGACUGUUAGGAACAGAUAUAAAUGCUGAAGGCGACAUGAAAAUAAAAACAGAUCCUGGAGCUGGAAAAGUGCAAGGAUUAUUAAAAAGCGGAGAGGUGAAAGCGACCAUUAAAGUGGAGGUUCAGACGGGAGAUGAGCCUGUGGACAUGAGCACCUCAAAAAGUGAGAUAAAGAGAGAAAAGCGAGUCCCUUCACCGGAUGUUAUAGUAUUAUCCGACAAUGAACCUUCUAGCCCUAGAAUGAAUGGUUUAACAAAAAUAGCAUUAAAAGAGACCAACACAGAGGCACUCAUGAAAAGCAGUCCAGAGGAGCGUGAGAGAAUGAUUAAACAACUUAAAGAAGAGUUACGGUUAGAAGAAGCAAAACUCGUUUUAUUGAAAAAGUUACGGCAAAGUCAAAUCCAGAAGGAGACCACUACUCAGAAGCCUGCUGGUUCCUCUGGGAGUGCUGUGGCCACCCCUCCGCCCUUGGUGCGGGGACCGCAGAGCGUUCCUGCUGGCAAGCCGUCCCUCCAGACCUCUUCUACACGUAUACCAGGCACUGUUAUUCCUCCUCCCUUGGUCCGUGGAGGGCAGCAGACUUCUUCAAAAUUAGGAACUCAGCAAAACACGCAGAUAGUAAUGCCACCUCUUGUCAGAGGAGCACAGCCCAUUUCUGUGUCUUCCCAGCAAAUCCACAACAUCCGACAGCACUCCAGCACGGGGCCGCCUCCGCUGCUGCUGGCACCGCGGGCGUCUGUCCCCAGCGUGCAGAUUCAGGGGCAGCGAAUCAUCCAGCAGGGUCUGAUCCGCGUCGCCAACGUCCCCAACACCAGCCUGCUCGUCAACAUCCCGCAGGCUUCACCAACUUCCAUCAAAGGUACAACUGUGACGUCAGCUCAGGCCAACGCCACGACGACCAGCGCCGCUUCCAUUGUCAACUCCAGUGAGUCACCGGCCAGCCGGCAAGCAGCCGCCAAGCUCGCCCUGCGGAAGCAGCUGGAGAAGACGCUGUUGGAGAUCCCCCCUCCCAAGCCACCCGCGCCGGAGAUGAACUUCCUGCCAAGUGCAGCUAAUAACGAAUUUAUUUACUUAGUCGGGUUGGAAGAAGUUGUGCAGAAUUUGCUGGAAACUCAAGGUAAAGUUUCGGUUGCUGUAUCCUCUCGUGAGCCCUAUAUGUGUGCUCAGUGUAAGACUGACUUCACCUGCCGCUGGAGGGAGGAGAAGAACGGAACCAUUAUGUGUGAAACCUGCAUGACAUCGAAUCAGAAAAAGGCCUUGAAAGCUGAGCACACUAACCGGCUGAAGGCUGCCUUCGUCAAAGCACUGCAGCAGGAGCAGGAGAUCGAGCAGAGGAUACUGCAGCAGACAGCAUCUCCUGUCCAGACCAAGGCAGACCCCAUCGUGCAGCACCACUCGCUCAAGCAGACUUCUAGCCAGAUGUCUCGAGGUCCUCCUGGAGCUCCACGAGGAGUGUUGCAUGCAUUUAGCCAGUCACCCAAGUUGCAGAAUGCAUCGUCUGCAGCAGCACUUGGGAGUAGGCCAGGUAAGCAUGCUGAGAGACCUGUCAGCAAGGGCAGCGCUGCCGCCUGGAAGAAGACUCCCAUCAAUACAGGUGGGGCUUUACCUUUUGUUAAUCCUAGUUUAGCUGUGCACAAGUCGUCUUCAGCAGUAGACCGCCAGCGUGAAUAUCUCCUGGAUAUGAUUCCCCCACGGUCCAUCCCACAGUCCGCCACAUGGAAAUAGUGCAGAGGAAUGCCCAAGAGGAAGACUUUCCUGUUUCUGCCAUCCUUUUUAUACCACAUUACAGUGGAAUCUGCUUUAAUCCCAGCUGGAUAUGCCCCAGGCUUUAUAGGAUGCAAGAAGACCACUCCUCAUCCCAUCGAGUGCUGCUGUCCCUGCUAUGAGAAAAUGACACCACGUGGGUGGGAAAGACUUAAGCUCAUUUGGUUCUCAGAUUCUGAUGAUUGACUGAUGAUGAAGGCUGUCAGGGAAGGGGAAGAAUUCUCUCUCUUUUUUUUUUUUUUUUUUUUUUUUUUUUUUGGCUUUAUGUAUUUAGUUUGGAUUUUUUUGUCACCAGCACAAAAAAAGGAUUGAACAACUCUCUGCCUUCAGUUUCUUUCUUAGUCACUCACUACCCCUUCACCAGGAACAUGGUGUUCGUUGGCCAUUGAGCAUGGACGUCAGCUCAAGGAGAGAGGAAUUUCAACCCAAUCUUGCAGAUGCAUUUAGUGAGCCAAGUUCAUGUUUGCUUUUCUUCCCUGCCCCUCCUCCAGCCAGGAAGGCAGUCUACAGGUUAUAAUGUUUCACAAAAUCUUCUGGUGAUGAGCUAAUGAUAAAUAAGUACAAACUCAAAUUCCGGUUGAGUAUGUUUUGGGGUUUGUUUCUUUUUUUUUUUUUUUAUUCUAAGGGACUGGCUGCCACCAAAAACUUGUCUGGUAGGUGGGAACCAGUGCAGGAGUCUCUCACUUUUGUUGGAUUCUGUUUUGAAUAGACUUUGAACUGUUGGUAGUCUAAAAAUCUAAUUUACUGAAUAGACAAACACCGUUGUUCAGUCUUUCUAAUUCAGCGAAGAGCAGUUGGGCCUUUCAUAUGUUCCCAGAGACUUUAAAGUGAAACUGUUUUUGAUUAUUUUCUUUUUGGAGGUUUUUUUUUGUUGUUGUUGUUGUUUUGAGCAAUUUUACUCAAAAAAAAAUUUAAAAAAAGAAAAAAAAAAAGAAAAGGAAAAAACAAACAAAAAAAAAAAGGAAUUCCAGAAGCUGCACGCAAUCAGAAAGGGCGAGUGGAGGGCGCAGAGGAGCAGGGGGGGGCUGCUGUCAGGUCGCAGGCUCCUUCUGCUGCCGAUACCCGCCGAGAAGUGGCCGGUGGUGGCCCCUGCUGAGGUGGCCCAGUGGCCGUGCCAGCGCGUGGUGGGCACGCUGGGGGCAGGACUGCCUACCUUGAUCCCUCUAGAGCUCCGUUCUUCCAGGCGUACCGAGCAUGCUCCUCUGUCCAUCACUUCAGUAUUUCAUUUUUGAUAGAGCUUUAGGUAACCCUGCUUUAAGGACAGGUUUCUACGUGGUUUUAAUAUAUUUUGGGGAUUCCACAGGUUAAACCCAAAUCCAUCAGAUCUAGGUUUGCUUCUUUUUUUUUUUUUUUUUUUUUUUUUUUUUUUUUUUUUUUUUUUUUUCCUUCUCGUCAUCUUCCCUCCUCCUUCCCUGUGUUUCUCCCAAAUUAAAGAUUAAUUCAAGUGGCAGAAAUACAUGCCUUACUACUUAUGUUGCAUAUCAGUACUAGAAGUAGUGCUGAUAAGAAUUAUUUGCAAAAUUAUAUAUAUAUAUAUCUAUAUAUCUAUAUAUAAAAGAAAAGGGGGGAGGGGUUACUAUUCAGUCUAUGCUGACUCUAUUUUCUUAGCAGUUGCUGUUAGAUCUAACUUUAAACCAAUAACUGUAUAGGGUUGUCCCCCUUCAGAUCUAACUAUUGCAUAGUGAAAAAGAAAACCCGUUCAUUUUAGCCCCUCUUCUGUUGUGUGAAUAUCAGUAUUUAGAUACUUUGAAAACUGUUCAGUAGUCUAGAAAACCUAGUUUUGCAAAAUGGUAUUUGUUGCUGUAUAAAGCCCUAGAAUUUCAAUUUGACUUUGUUUUUUUUGUUUGUUUGACAAAUGUAUAUUAAGAGCUAAACGGGAAUGAGAUUAAUUGGGUUUGAGUUUUUAAUUUUUUUCUUUUCAUUCCAAGAGAUUUUUGGAUUGGGAGAUGUGGAGGGAGGAAUUUGAGUGCAUUUUAUUUUUGCACCUUGAAAUAUUAAGAAAAAGUUUCAGCUCCUUACCUGUGUGGAGUUUUUUUGUUUGUUUUGUUGGGUUUUUUUUUUCUCUCUUCUGACAUAUUGCCUGCAUUAUCUCACCAUUGAUGCAGAUGUCUAGCGAUGUUAAAUCUCCUGGGAAGAGUGCAUUUGUUUAAAAAGAACAAGCAAAACUUCUCAAACUAAAAUUCAGACGCCUUUUUGGGAAGGCUGGGCGACUUCACAAUUUCCUUCCAGCGUUGGAGGUAGCUUCAGCUUCAGCUGAUGCUCAGGGGGGAGGAAAAAAAAAAAA